CUUCAUGCAGCCGGAGCGCCGUGAAUUUGGGAUCAGCAGCUGCAGCUGCACGUUGGGGAGGCAAUGACAGCGGGAGCUCCGCCCGGGCGUUUGUCCAAAGCACCCCCGGCGUAAUCUUUUUCCAAAAUAAAAAAGACACCCCCCUCCUUUGCAAAUAAACCACCACCCGCAACAACCUGCAGGGGGCGGAGAGUUGCCCAAAAGCUGAGAAGGUUCAGCCGCAGUGCGAGGGGGGAAAGAGGAGACGAUGCGCUGAAUCGGCCGUCGGGGAGGACGUGCGUAAAGAAGGGGCACCCGUUGGGGUUUGUGGCGCUCCGGCGGGAUGGAAUAAACGACGGACCUACGCGCCAGUGUGGUGGACUGCUAAGGGAUGACGCCUAAACUAUGGGACAUGUGACAGCUCUACUUCAGUUUACUUAAAGGAAAGGUGUCAGGCAGCAGCCCCCAUAUUUGCUGUUGGAUGCCUUCAGUGUUUCAAGCAUUUGGCUGAAUAAAAACCCACAAACGGGUACUGCUAUGUGGAUACUGGUUAGCAAUGACUGAUGUGGAAUCUACAUAUGCAGAUUUCAUUGCUUCUGGGAGAACUGGGAGAAGAAAUGCCCUUCACGAUAUCCUUGUGUCCUCUGCAAGUGGAAAUUCUAGUGAACUAUCCUUGAAGUUAUCAGAACUUGAUAUAAACAAAACUGAAGGGGAAGGAGAUGCACAGAGAAAUCCCACUGAGCAAACUGGGGAAGCCCAGGGGGAAACAGCAAAGCAAGAAAGUUGACAUCCUACUCUGACCGACAGCCGCAACUGUGGGAUGUUUUCGAAUUGCAAAAGCCUAUUGGGAAAAAGGUAUUUUGUGAGCAAGCUGAUUGAACACAAAAUGAAAAUGGAUGCGCCUCGUUCCUGGGAGCUGCCCGGUCCAAUGCUGAAAGGGGCAAAGGAGGCUGUAGCAGCAGACAGAACUUUCUCUACCUCUGUUAGCAAUGGUUGAGACUUGGUUGCUCAUCUCGAGACUCUCUCAACAUGGAUCUCACCACAAAUGACCACUUGAUGAAAUGCUCGUAGGAAGUAGAGCAAACUACAUCGUGUAGCAAACGGCCCUCAACUCACCAGAGGCUUGAAUUGCAUUGUAUGACAAUGGCUCCAGUGAUCUUCAGAGGUUGUCUGACCUUCAGAGGGUGUUCACCUAUUAAAAUCACCUGUCAAGGAA